AAACAGAUAGUGAAGAUUUAUAUAAGAAUAUAGAGAUAUAUAAUGAAGCUUUAGCAGGAAGAGAUAUAAGAACUGUUGAUGAUGUAGGCGAAGAAAUUUAUAAUAAGAAUUAUAUUUUAUAUGAGAAAGAUUAUAAUA